AUGACUCUUAUUCAGUAUCCGACUCCUUCAUCAUCGGGUGACGUAUCCGAUUUGAGCUCAAAUGGCAGAACUUUAGAGCAAGUACUGAGAGCAGCAUCAAUGCCUACUAGAACAGUUAUAUUGACAAUCCUUGACAAAUCAUGGGCAAGUCCUCCUGCUUCUGUUCUUGAUCUCUUCCUCGAAAGCUUUCAAAUUGGAGAAAGGACAAAACACCUCUUGAAUCACUUGAUUAUUAUUGCUUUGGAUACCCACACUCUUCAUUACUGUCAGUCCAUUCGUCCCCAUUGCUUCCACUUUAAAUCCACUGGCCAGAGAAGGAAGGAACUUUUUCUACAAGUGCUCCAACUUGGUUACAAUCUUGUUUAUACGGAUGUGGACGUGAUGUGGCUAAGAAAUCCAAUGUCACUGUUUGAUGGGCUGGCUGAAAUAUCAUUGGGAUGUGAUGCAUAUUCAAGAAACCAAAGCGUUGGUAGCCAGAAGGCAACUGGGGAAUUCUUUUACAUAAAGGCAUCUGAAAUAUCAAUGGAGUUUUUGAAAUUUUGGAAGGUAGCCAGUGUCCUCUAUCCUUACACGCAGAACCAAUCUAUAUGUGAGAUGGUUAUGGGUGAAGACAUCAGACUGUUUGGUAUCAGAAUGAAGUUUAUAGAUAAGACAUAUAUUGGUGGCCUUUGUCAGCCCAACAAAGAUGCUAGUGAGAUAUAUGUUAUGCAAACUAAUUGCUGUGAGGAAUUGGAAAGUAAGGUUCAUGACCUAAAGAUUUUUCUUGAUGAUGCAAGGAAGUAUAAAGCACUUCUGAGCAACGCUAGUAGUUUGGAGAAGUUUCCUUCUUUAGCAACUACUCCAAACAGGUGCUUGGAAAGUUAAAAGAUUGAUUUCCUGCCAAUGCAAUACAUAUCUUUCCUUGGAAAGGUACUUGAGAAUGAUAGGAUCAUACGCUUAAAUUGUCAACUUUGUUCUUCUUCCUCUCUUUUUUUAUUUGGACAAAUAAUUAAAUAAAAUAGUGGCUGAGUUCGCUAGCCUUUGAGCACUA